CAGUUCUGUACGUGAGUGACGAGUGUGUGGGGAGCGAAGAGCGUGGAGUUCAAUGUGUGGGCGGGAUUUGACGCGAGACGCCCUACACGUAGGCGGGACCAAUGGGGUGGCAUUAAAUAUGAGGGCGGAGUCACGCUCGUUCAAAAAACGGACGAUUGUGAGUAACUGUUUGCGCUUUUACACGGCGUUUCCCUCCACAAAUCAAACAAAGAUAUGGUUGCGUCAUGUUUUGCACGUAAAUGCCGCGAACUCCAAUGACAUCAGCUGUGACUUUUUCUACACGGUUUAAGGCAGACAGACACACUGGACUUGUCGCAAAGCUUUCAAGGCAUCUGCUAAACGACUCAAACUUCCAUGGGUAAAGAGUUUACAAAGCAGCCAUGAAACCCCCCGGUGAGGAAGACAAUCGGCGUCUGGGGACAUUGCUGCUGAACACUCUGGAGAGAGAAAUGCGCCUGUGGAGAGCACCAGUCUUAAAGAAUGGAUGCAUUCAGGGCUCAGAUAUUGGCCCAUCUCAGUAUCAGGAGGUGAUUGUGUGGAUGCACGAAAUGAGCACAGUUUUCCAGUUCAGCUCGGAGACUUUUGCUUUGGGAGUUUGUGUUCUUAAUAGCUUGCUUGCAACAGUUAAGGCUCCGUUCAAAUACCUCAAGUGCAUGGCCAUCACCUCACUGAUCCUGGCUGCAAAAGUCAACGAGGAAGAUGAGGUGAUCGCAUCGGUUAAGCACCUGCUGGAGCAAAGCGGUUGCAAAUUCUCCACAGCAGAGAUUCUUCGCAUGGAGCGAAUCAUAUUAAACAAACUGCACUGGGACCUUUACAUCGCAACACCCAUCGAUUUCAUUCACAUCGUGAGUACCAACUGACAACUUUAUUCAGACCAGAACUCAACGUUACAAAAAACAAAAGAAAACAGAUAACACCGUUUUGCGAACGUUAGCAAAAAUGUACGUUUGGUCCUUGACAUCGUGCACGUGGUGCAGCCGGAGGUGAUCUAUUUGCACAAAUUGACAAGCGGUCUUUAGGCAUUACGAGU